GCAAUCCAACGGUUCAACAUUUGACGUUUGGAGCGGCAAAGAAGCGAAGACGACGACCACUUGACAUGGACCCGACAACGAGCUCACCGACGCGCUGUGCGUACAAGUCGGGCAAAUGCACGAAUGCGCGCACGCGCAAGCUCAACGGCGGGCAACACUCGCUCUGUGCGCUCCACCGAGAAAAGCAGAACGCCCACCAGCGCAAGAGCGACCGUAAAGCGCGCCAGCGCAAGGCGAUGCAGUUGGCUGCCGAUCCGUUGUCGAGGUCAUCGACAUCGUUGAUGCAACUGUUCACGUACACGCCCGAGGCGUCCGACGGCGGCCCAUGCCACAACGUGCCCGUGGUAAUGGGCGACCCGAAUUGGACCAGCAACCUCGUGGACGAGAAGCAUCAACACAUUGAUGAUUGGUGUACGCGUCGUCAUGACGCGAUCGUGCCGACGAGCGCCGUAGCAGCCUACAGCGCGUACCCGGAGCCUCCAAACCAGGAUACAUGGUUGUCACCAGACGAGAUCAAGCCGUGCGUACAGCCCGUGCGACUGCCAUCAAUACGCGAUUUGCUGCACCCAGUGUAUGCACGCAACUUGUUCCCAUCUCAUUCAGCAGCUUGAUGCCCGCGUUCUUCAAGAGUACAUGCGUCGUUCGGCUCUUGCUCAGAGGUUGCGGCCACUUACAUGAUCCGCUGUCGUUAAUAUCAUGAACGGAAUUCGUGUUGCUCA